AUGGGACUUGCAAAUGAGACUAUGGUGACAGAGUUCAUCUUGAUUGGGUUAUCCGAAUACCCCAGAGCUCAAACCAUCUUUUUCUUCUUCCUCUUGGUAGUCUACCUCACUAGCUUUCUUGGUAAUGGCCUCAUUAUCAUGCUAAUCAUUAUGGACCCCAGGCUUCAUACUCCCAUGUAUUUCUUUCUGUGUGCUCUGUCUUUUAUUGACAUCGCCCUCAUCAGCAAUACAGUUCCAGAGGUCUUGGUCAACUGCUUCAUUUACAGGCCUACAAUUUCCUUCUACAGAUGCCUGUCCCAGAUGUACAUUGGUCUAUUACUUGUCUCCACUGAGUGUGUCCUGCUUGCACUCAUGGCAUACGACCGCUUUGUGGCUAUAUGCCAGCCCUUGCACUACAUGAAGAUCAUGAGCUGGAAAUGUUGCCUUUGCCUCGUGGCUGCAUCUAUGGGCUUUCCUUUCCUGAUAACUCUGAUCAAUGCACUGUUGCGGCCGACUGACUUCUGUGGCCAAAAUGUCAUCCAUCAUUUUGCAUGUGAGCUGGAGUCAUUCCUCAAACUGGCUUGCUCUGACAUUCAUGCUAGUGAGCUCUUUAUGCAAGCUGCCAGCAUCUCCAUUUUAAUACCUCCCUUUGGUUUCAUAGUUGUGACAUAUGGGCGCAUAGGCCUGGCUGUACUGCGCAUCCGUUCAGCACAGGGUCGCAAGAAAGCCUUUUCCACCUGCAGCUCUCACCUUGCUGUCGUCAGUGUCUUCUAUGGCACAAUCAUGAUCAUGUACUUGAGGCCACAAGGGAAAUCGGUUUCUGAAAAGGACAAGCUCAUAUCUGUAGCAUAUGGAGCUUUGACACCUAUGCUCAACCCUUUGAUAUACAGCCUGAGAAACAGGGAUGUGAAGGGUGCCUUUUGGAAACUGGCUGGAAGGAAAAUAUCAGAAUAA